AUGGCGUCCAAGGAUGAGGCUUGGACCAAGCUCCUGGAGCGCUCCUUUAGCAGCCCCCGCCGUGGCCUCGUGGGCCCAAGGGCCUGGAAGGCUGUGGUGCCAGUGGUCGGGCGACGUUAUCCGGACGAGAUCUUCAGCUUCCUCCGCGGCGCCGGCUGCCUGAACGGCCCAGGCCCGGCCGAGAGGCUCUCGGAGCUCCGGCGCUGCGGAGACCGAGGUUGGCAGCCUUUCUUCGCGAAUUUGACGCCAGAAGAAGGGCUGCAGGUUCGAGAUGGGCUUGCCGUGGUGGACUUCCUGCAGAAUGCUCAUGUACCAACUUGCAGACGCAUCUCCUACCGUUUGAACGAGGAUGCGUCCGGCAUUGAUAUUCGAUUAGAGGUGAACCUGCACCGUGCUUUUGCCAUGAUGCUCCGCGGCAUCAGGUUCCCUGCCGCGGGCUACGAGGCGGAUUGGCGCAUCUGGCCUGGUCCCCCAAAGGACCUGCAACCUGCUCCGGGAUCUGCUGCCUUCCGGCUCUUGGACAACAAGCUGGAUGCCAGGCACGCGCAGCCUCCGAACUUUCGUGUCCAGCUGCGGCCAGAGCAGCUGAGAUCGCUUCACUGGAUGCUGCACCAGGAAAUCAGUGACCAACUGCUGACCAUGGCCCGCUCCUUGGACCUGUGCGG